GCUCCCGCCCCGCUCCGCCAUCAUGAAGUCCUGAACAAAAACGGAUGAGAGUCGAGCAAAAUGGGGAUAACACGAACUGGAGAUGAAAUCCGCAGACAACACUAACGUAAUGACAGCACACAGUCGAGCACGGAGCGGCCCCGCGGAAAUUAAUAAAUCAGUUUCCCAUUGAAAACGUCCCGGGCAGCUCCUGGCGUCACGUUAUUUAGUUAGCGCUGUAGCUAACAGCAGCUGGAGCUAGCCUGUGAUUUUCUGUGGGAGACUCUGCUGCUAGCUGGCCGGCUAGUUUAGCUGGCAGGCGUCACUCAGCUAGCUGUCACUUUAAUUGACUGGCACCUCACUCAUGUCAAGUCGUGCAGUCGCGCUAGCUGUCCAAUUGACUGGGAGCAUCAGGAUGGAGAGGAGUUUGAGUAAAAACAUCGACAGACAGAAUGUGGUUUGCUCGUGUUGAAUAGACACCAGUGCCGAGGAAAGGGGAGUGAGACCAAUAUUUUCCAGCCAGGCCGGUCAGCUAGCUCCAGAGCUAGCUACAGUGGAUCCCAAAAGCCACGGCGCUGGCCAUGCCGUCGAGUGUGCGGGCCGGGAGCCUGAAGGACCCGGAGGUGGCUGAGCUGUUCUUCAGGGAGGACCCUGAGAAGCUCUUCACAGACCUGAGGGAGAUCGGCCAUGGGAGCUUCGGAGCAGUCUACUUUGCCCAUGACAUCCGCACCAAUGAGGUGGUGGCCAUCAAGAAGAUGUCCUAUAGUGGCAAACAGUCCAAUGAGAAAUGGCAGGAUAUCAUCAAAGAAGUGAAGUUCCUACAGAAGCUGCGCCACCCCAACACUGUUGAGUACCGUGGCUGCUACCUGAGAGAGCACACAGCAUGGCUGGUGAUGGAGUACUGCCUGGGCUCAGCUUCUGACCUCUUAGAAGUCCACAAGAAACCCCUCCAGGAAGUGGAAAUAGCUGCCAUAACCCAUGGUGCAUUGCAGGGAUUGGUGUAUCUUCACUCUCACAACAUGAUUCACAGGGAUGUGAAGGCAGGAAACAUCUUGCUAACAGAGCCGGGUCAGGUCAAGCUGGGAGACUUUGGCUCGGCCUCCAUCGUUGCCCCGGCCAACUCCUUUGUGGGAACACCUUACUGGAUGGCCCCUGAGGUGAUCCUGGCCAUGGACGAGGGUCAGUACGAUGGGAAGGUGGAUGUGUGGUCACUUGGCAUUACCUGCAUAGAGCUGGCGGAAAGGAAGCCUCCUCUGUUCAACAUGAAUGCUAUGAGUGCCUUAUACCACAUCGCCCAGAAUGAGAGCCCUGUGUUGCAGUCUAAUCACUGGUCGGAUUAUUUCCGCAAUUUUGUGGACUCCUGUUUGCAGAAGAUCGCCCAGGACAGACCUACCUCUGAUGUGCUGCUCAAGCACCAUUUCCUAUGCAGAGAGCGUCCCAUGACAGUUGUGAUGGACCUGAUCGCCCGCACCAAGGAUGCUGUCCGCGAGCUGGAUAACCUCCAGUACCGCAAGAUGAAGAAAAUCCUCUUCCAUGAGGCGCACAACGGUCCCGCACCAGAAGGAGCCGAUGAGGAAGAGGAUGUGGAGCAGUAUAUGUUACGCACCGGCACAGUCAACAGCAUGGAGAGUUCCCAUUCUCUGCCAUCCAUGUCAAUCAGCGCCAGCUCCCAGAGCAGCUCGGUCAACAGCCUGGCGGACGGCUCUGACGACAGCGGAGAGAUGGCCAUGAUGCAGGAGGGAGAGCACACCGUCACCUCCAACAGCUCCGUCCUGCACAAGCCCCUGAGCCAUGACAACAUCUACGAUGAUCCCUAUCAGCCAGAAGUUGACUCACAACGAGAAGCUUCGUCUGCUGGUGGUGGAGGUGGGGGAGGAGGUGGAAGGCGUCGUCGAGGCAGGGACCAUUUUGCCACCAUCAGGACAGCCUCGCUCGUCACCCGACAGAUCCAGGAACAUGAGCAGGGCUCGGCCCUGAGAGAGCAGAUGUCUGGGUAUAAGCGAAUGCGGCGGCAGCACCAGAAGCAGCUGAUGGGCCUGGAGAACAAGCUGAAGGCGGAGAUGGACGAGCACCAGCUGAGACUGGACAAAGAGCUGGAGAAUCAGAGGAACAGCUUCUCAAUGGAGGGAGAAAAGCUCUCCAAGAAGCACCAGGCUAUCCUGGAGAAGGAGACAAAGGCAGUCCUGACUGAGGAGAAGAAGUUUCAGCAGCACAUACUUGCACAGCAAAAGAAGGAGUUAACCGGUCUGCUGGAGUCCCAGAAACGGCAGUAUCGACAGCGCAAAGAGCAGCUGAAAGAGGAGCUGAAUGAGAACCAGUCAACACCAAAGCGUGAGAAACAAGAGUGGCUGGUGCAUCAGAAGGAGUGUCUGCAGCAGCUGCAGGCGGAGGAGGAGGCUGGCCUGCUGCGGCGGCAGAGGCAGUAUUAUGAGCUUCAGUGUCGUCAGUAUAAGAGAAAGAUGCUGCUGGCGCGCCACAACCUGGAGCAGGACCUGCUCAGAGAGGAACUGAACAAGAAACAGACUCUGAAGGACUUGGAGUGCGCAAUGCUCCUCCGUCACCACGAGUCCACCCAGGAGCUGGAGUUCCGCCAGCUGGGUUUGGUGCAGCGCACGCGGGCUGACCUCAUCCGCACGCAGCACCAGACGGAGCUCACCAACCAGAUGGAGUAUAACAAGAGGCGUGAGCAGGAGCUGCGUCAGAAACACGCCGUGGAGGUCCGCCAACAGCCCAAGAGCCUGAAAGUGAGUGAGAGCACCCAGAGCCAGGGGUCUCCUGAGGAGGGAGAGGGCCAGACACCAGAGGGGCCGAGCGGCAGCUGGGACAGUGAGGCGGGGGUGGGAGGAGUAGAGGUGAAGGACGAGAGGGAUGGAGAGGUAGAGAAAGGGGGGCAGGAGGGGGUUAAGGGGAUGUAUGAUGUUGAGGAUGAGCUCGAUGGAGCAGUGUUUGAAGAUGAGAUUUAUCGAGGAGUAGAUCGGGAGGGUGUGAGUGUCCCUGUGGUUGAAAGGAAAGAUGAGCUAAAUGGCGACAGUAAACUAAAAGGAAAUGAUGAGAAGGAGGAGUGGAAUAUCAGUGGGGAGGGGACCGAGGUGAGGGAGGUAGAAGGAGUGCAGUGGGAGUACGACGAGGAUCACAGUAAAGCUGCGCAUGUAGACACAGAUGAGGAAGAAGAGGGCAGGGGCGUGGCCGACGGUUGUCCGUCGGAGUUCAUCUUAUCCCUCUCCCCGGAAAAGAGACGACUCCGAGAGCGAGAGAUCGAUGAUCUGUCUGACUUUUACUUCCCCAACACUGCAGAGGAGCUGGAGCCCAUCUCUCCUCCUCCUCCCCCUCCCCCCACUCAGACUUCUUUACCUUCGCUCUUCUCUCACGGCAUCUGCCUCCUCCUCUCCCUCUCCGCUGCCGCCCAGCCCUCCAACCUCACUCUGCUGCUGCUCGCCAUCUUCCUCCUCUCCCUCCGCCGCUCACCUCCUCUCCCGUCAGUGGCCUCUGUUCUCCUCUCCGCCGAGCUGGCCUUCUUGGCGCUCUUCUUCUCGUACCUCUUCCUCCGCUCAUGCUGCUCUCUGUCUCUCUCCACCUACCUGUCGCUCAGCCUCUGGGCCAGCGGCCUCUUUAGUUUAGGACUCUCCUUCAGUUUGGGCAUUUAUUACAUCCCCAUGAUUUUGAUUUCAGCCUCCUUCCUCAGCUCUCCCUCCCUCUUCCUCUCUCUCUACUUAGUGGUGGUGCUGAUAGUCAGGCCGGCCCGCGACUUCCUCCAACAUGCACCACGCAAAGUCAACCGCCUCUGUAUGCGCAUCCUUUUCCGCCUGCCACGCCCGCUGUUUGCCAUGUGCCAGUCAGUCCUGGGCGGUAUGGCUGAGCGAAAUCUCUAUGAGAUGUUUCCCAAAGCGGGGCGCAACUGGGGCGGGCGCCAGUCGAAAAUCCCAGUCCCCUUAAAGAGCUUGCCUUUAGAGUAUCAGGCCCGCUGCAAUAACACCUCUCCGUUAGCCAAGGGCCUUCUCUGGGUGAGGCGUUUCAGUAGACGACCCCUCGGGGUCCUCGCAGACCUGGCUAACUCCAUAGUGCUAAAACUCGCCGGACAGCUUCUUAAAAAGCUGCCACUUAGCAUCCGAGUCAAACUUCAAACUCUGGGUCUCCUAAGGAAGAAAAACCCCAGCAGGCUGCCUCAGCUGCUGCCGAGGGAGGUGAGGGAGCGGAGACAGAUGGAGAGGAGUAGGAGAGAGAGGGAGAGACAGAGGAGGCAGGAGAGGAUUUUUCGUGAGGAGGUGAGGUGGGAGUGCGGGUUGAGACGAACGUCAUCUGGAAGGUUUGUCAGGGGGAAAAUUCGCCCGUGGAGAUAGUUUAGAGCGGGAGACUUGCGCUGGUUCUUUGCGAGUGUGUGUGUGAUCAUACUCUUCGUUCAGCCAUUGUUUGUGUGUCUUUUUGAUUUGGGCCCAGUAAGUCACAUUUCCUAAAGAUGAGACAUAUUUUACUCUGCACACAUUUUUCUGUGUGCUCUGGCUGAAAGUGAUUUGAAUCCAAACGUGUGUACACAAGCUGUACUGUUAAAUCAGUGGGCUCUGCGAACGUAAACAUGCAGCUGAACCCACGGUUACUGCACCAAACCCAGUGAAGUUUUCAUUAUUGUGCUUUUUGUAAAAGUUUUUUUUUUUUUAUUUUGUUUUAUUAUUUUGCUCUUAAUUUGUAAGACAAAUAUUUUAUGGUUAUUUUUUAAGACCGGUUUUGUGCAAUCUUUUCUUUAUAAUGGUCUUAUUUCAAAAGGCACGCUGGUAUCUCAGUGCUUAGAACAAAUAUUACAGUGUUGCAUAGCUUCAUGGCUAUAAUUUCACUCCCCAAAGCUAAAUACUGUGAAAAAACCCCUAAUGAUUUCACUAAUCACCCUGAACACUAGCUCUAAGUUGAUAUAAAAGUGCAAUAAACAUCCAAACAGAAAUAUCUGGGACCACCUUAGGACAUUUGAUAUAACGUCAUUUCUCUGUGGAGAAGUUAAAGUGGAAAAUAGUUAGCAAAAGGUCUUACAAUAUAGGACUUAAAAUAAAGUUUGGGGGCCAUUUCAUAGCUGGUCCACCUCAUUGUUUCAUAUCAACACAUUAUUUAAAGCUGGUGAAAUCGUUAUCUUUCAGAUUCAAGUUAGAUAUACUAUUUUUUAUUGCGCUUUAUGCAAUGAUCUUGUUAUGAUUUACCAUGUAAACAUUUAGAUAUUCCCCCUUAAUGAUCCUAUAAAUGUGCAGCAGUUGAGUGCCUAGUUACAACUGUUUGUCUCUUGUGAAGUGACAUAUCCUAAAUUUAUUGUAGAAACAUAAAGGAAGCAGGAUAUGCUUUGGAGUAGUGAAAGUAUAAUAUAAUAGAAACCUAUUUAAUAUUUCAGUGUAGCUUAAUUUAUAUGAAGCCAUACAGACAAUCUUUUGAGACAUUCAGUCAUUUAAAAAGAGACUGAUGCAACUACUGAAUGUGAAAGUAAAGAUUUAGCAUCAAAUGAAAAGAAGAUAAUCACAAAUAACAGAUGUCUGUUCAUUUUUGCACUGUCCCAAAGACUAUUUUUAAAAAUACCAAAUGUGGGAGAAUGGUUGUUUUUUUUUCAAUUAAACAUUUAGCCUAUGAAGCAUCAAAAACAUUGAAAAAAUGCUGCAACUUUACAGAGACUAAAGCAGGGUUCAGACUAUAGGAGUUUUGGGCCUUUUUUUCCCAGAUUCACCCCUCAGGAUAAUCAGAGGAGAAGUUUUUGCUCUUUUGGCCCAUAAUUAGAUCAUUAUUAUUAUUUUCAAAUUCACCAUAGCAUAAUUG